AUGUGGAUCGUAACGCCGUGGCUUCUUUUCGUCAUUUUGCCAAUUCUCAUCAAUUCUAAGUCACUGGGCGGAAUUGAACCCAAGGACCCAUCAUGUUCUUAUACAAACGAGGUCAUGCAGAUGACAUGGCAAUAUGACGACGGCAGCACCGAGAUCGUUUUCAAGAUGGCUGCCAAGUCAAAUGGCUUGAAGAACUUUUGGGCCGGCGUCUUUUUCGGAGAAGGCGAUCCGGUGGAUUCCGUCGGAGCCUUCGUCCGCAACCGUCAGAUUGGUGUCGUGGAUGGGCACGUGGUCGAAGAUGAUAGAAUCGAACUCGACAACAUUACCAACGUACAAUCACUGCAAUUUGAUCUACAGAACAACAUACUGACGGCAGAAUUCGCUCGUCCGUCCUACACAAGCGAUCGUUUCGAUGCAGAUCUGUCAAACUGCAUUACUUUCUUCUUUCCCACGGAAAUUGUCAGAAUCGAUGAAGAUGGCAGGGUACCGGUCCCGAACCGAUUGGAAACUCGCCGGGUAUGUGACAUCCCAGUGACAUGCAGCAGUAAAGAUGAGACUUCAGGCCUUGUUAAACGAUCGGAUGCAUCGACCUGUGAACACAGACAAGACGAGAAUACCGUAACGUGGAAGGCUGUUGGCAAUAAUGUCGAGUUCGUGAUUGAACAAGAGCCGAAAAAGGGCAAAUGGUGGUCGGCAGUCGGCAUUGGACGUGGAAUGGAGGAUUUGAAAAUUGCCAUCGCAUUCAUGGAGGACGGCAAAACAAAGUCAGUUGGAGGAUUCCAAACUCAUGGAUACGGUCUUCCGAAACCUGACUCUGUCGUCAAACCGGUACUGAAUAGCCAGGGAUCAAAAGUCGCCAAUGAUCGGUCUGUUGUGCAAUUCACUAUUCCACAAAGUGUCUUCGAUUUGUACUCAGAUGAUACUGGCUGCGUUACACUUCAAUUAGCUAUAUUGGCUGGUCAGUGGACAGGACAGUACACCGUGAAGAAGCAUGACAGUACUCCACAAGCGGUCUUGGUCUGUGGAAUAGACCUGUGCCAAGAUCAGAAUGCCAAUCAAGAAGAAGUUGUGAAAAAAGAAAAGGAAACCGUACUGAGAAGACCGUCUGAGGUUGGGGAGCCACCGGAGGAGGGAAGCUUCGUGAAAAAGGAGGUUCCUACUGAAAUCGACGAAGGCCACGAGUCCGAAGAUACUGCUGUGCAGCAAACCCUACAGAAUGUCGAGACUGAAUCGAGUGGCUCGGAACCUACUCUCAACGAAACCUCAAUUUUUGCUUCGGCUGCUCAAUCGAUUGAUUCCGUUCCAGAAGGAUCAGGAGUUGAUGAAGUCGGAUCAGGUAUUGAGGAGAAAACACCGGAGGGCUUACGUCCUGUCGAGCUGGAGACUACUACUGUGGAAGGCGAACUCAGCCAGGCGUCUAAUGUAUCAGUCCAAGAACCCUCUGUCGCUCCAGUGGAACUCGAGGCAAACGAAACUGUCGUCUCGACCACUGAAUUGCCGCAGCCAACCACAACGUUGCAGCCUGAAGAAGCCACCACCACCACAGCAGUUAAUGUGACUACUGGAGUACCGCUUGUUCUGUCGAAAGAACUUGCGCCUGAUGUUGCAAGAAUUUUGGAAACUGGAUGUUCCGAAGGUCAUACUGAUCUGAUGGUUUGCGAAGGAUACUUUGCUGACUAUUUGGGCAAAGUGAAAGAAUGGGCUGAUAAGCACAAUCAAGUGAUGGUCGAACAGAUGUGGAAGGCCUGUACCCUGUUGUCUCGGGUGAAGUACGUGCCGACAAUGUGCUGCACGGAAUUCCGUUCUACCUGCGCUACACAUCUUCAGACGACUGAUUAA